AGCCAAUCAGAGGAGAGGGCGGGGUCAGAGAGCGCUGCUAGUAGAGCAGUUUAACUCCGGGUGUGAAACCGGUAGAUCUGAGCUCCAGCAUCACUGUAAUACAGCCCUACUGAGGACCUUCUUUCUCCUUCUCCUCCUGCUGCUGCUGGCUGCUUCUGCUGCUUCUGCUGCUCCUCAGAGUGAUCAGCUCCUCUAACUCCACUGAGAACGGAACGGACUGGAUCACAGAGCGGACUGUCACAGUGAUACAAGCAGGUGGUCAGUAUUGCAGCGAGUGUGUUUACCGCGCUAGGUGUCGGUCUGCUCCGGUGCACCACUCGCCAUCCUUUCCUGCCCUUCAGCAUCAGAACUGCUGGAUGUUACAGACUUCCCAGAAUGCCCCAGACCAACAAGGCCAAAUAUGCUGCGGUCAGCAACUCUGCUCAGGCGGCUGGGCAGGACCGAGGGGAGCCAGACUCCCCAGAACAGCAAAGCUCCCAGCAGGACAGCGGCCAGGAUGGGAACCAGGGAGAUGCUGACAUCAUCAAAUCCCCAAGUGACCCCAAACAGUACAGGUAUAUUGAGCUCAGUAAUGGUCUUAGAGCUCUCCUGAUAUCAGACUUCAGCAAUGAUGGUAAACCUGAGGAUGAGGAGGAUGAGGAUGAUGAUGAAGAGGAAGAAGAAGAGGAGGAAGGUGAGGAAGAGGAGGAGGAUUCUGGAGAGGGAACAGAGGAAGAGGAGGAGGAAGAAGAAGAAGAGCAGGACAGUGACUUUGAGGAACUAAAUGACGACAUGGAGGAAAAAAAGAAGAAAGGGUCAGAGAAACAGUCUGCAGCAGCACUGUGUAUCGGUGUGGGAAGUUUCAGUGACCCUGAUGACCUUCCUGGUUUUGCACACUUUCUUGAGCACAUGGUGUUUAUGGGCAGUGAGAAGUACCCGAGUGAGAAUGGUUUUGAUGCGUUUCUGAAGAAACAUGGCGGGAGUGAUAAUGCCUCCACUGACUGUGAGAGAACAGUCUUCCAGUUCGACGUCCAGAGGAAGCGCUUUAGAGAAGCUCUGGACAGGUGGGCUCAGUUCUUCAUCUGCCCCCUCAUGAUUAAAGAUGCAAUAGAGCGUGAGGUGGAGGCUGUGGACAGUGAGUAUCAGCUUGCUAAGCCAUCGGACUCUCACCGUAAGGAGAUGCUGUUUGGCAGCCUGGCAAAGCCUGAUCACCCCAUGAGCAAGUUCUGCUGGGGAAAUGCAGAGACCCUAAAAACAGAACCAAAGAAGAAGAAGAUCAAUGUCUACAAGCGUCUGAGAGAGUUCUGGAAGAAGCAUUAUUCUGCCCAUUACAUGACCCUUGCAGUGCAGUCUAAAGAAAAACUGGACACGCUGGAGCAGUGGGUCAGGGAGAUCUUCAGUGAGGUGCCCAAUAAUGGUCUCCCAAAGCCGGACUUUUCUGACCGUCUGGACCCUUUUGACACCCCAGCCUUCAAUAAACUCUACAGAGUGGUUCCUGUUCGAAAAGUCCAUGCCCUGACCAUCACCUGGGCGCUGCCACCUCAGGAGAAGCACUACAGGGUGAAGCCGCUGCAUUACAUCGCGUGGCUGAUUGGUCAUGAAGGAGCUGGCAGUAUCCUGUCUCUGCUGAGGAGAAAGUGCUGGGCUGUGGCUCUCUUCGGUGGAAACAGCGAGACAGGAUUUGAUCAGAAUGCCACCUACUCCAUCUUCAGCAUCUCCAUCACCCUGACCGAUGAGGGCUUCCAGAACUUUUACCAGGUAGCUCACCUGGUGUUUCAGUAUCUGAAGAUGCUGCAGACUCUCGGCCCUCAGCAGAGAAUCUAUGAGGAGAUCCAGAAGAUCGAGGCCAAUGAAUUCCGCUAUCAGGAGCAGACCGAUCCCAUCGAGUAUGUGGAAGAUGUGUGUGAGAACAUGCAGCUCUUCCCUAAAGAAGACUUCCUGACUGGAGAUCAACUCCUGUUCGAGUAUAAACCUGAGGUGAUCUCUGCGGCUUUGAACUUAUUAACUCCUGAUAAAGUGAACCUGCUGCUGCUCUCCCCGGAGCACGAGGGCCAGUGUCCAUUAAAGGAGAAAUGGUUCGGCACCCAAUACAGCGUGGAGGAUAUUCAGAAGGACUGGCAGGAGCGCUGGACUGGAGAAUUUGAGUUAAACCCUAAACUUCAACUUCCAGCUGAAAACCAGUUCAUCUCCACUGAAUUCACCCUAAAGACAUCAGACUGUCCUGACACAGACUAUCCAGUCAGGAUCGCCAGUAAUGACAGAGGCUGUCUGUGGUACAAAAAGGACAACAAGUUCAAAAUCCCCAAAGCAUAUAUUCGGUUCCAUCUCAUCUCUCCUGUUGUUCAGAAGUCUCCAAAAAAUCUGGUGUUGUUCGACCUGUUUGUGAAUAUUCUGGUGCACGCGGUGGCGGAGCCGGCAUACGAGGCAGAUGUUGCUCAGCUGGAGUACAAACUGCUCGCAGGAGAACACGGACUGAUCAUUAAAGUCAAAGGAUUCAACCAUAAACUACCUCUGCUGUUUAAUCUGAUCGUGGAUCACCUGGCAAACUUCUCCGCUGCUCCAGAAGUGUUCUCCAUGUUCACAGAGCAGCUAAAGAAAACUUACUUCAACAUCCUGAUAAAACCAGAGAAACUGGGGAAGGACGUGCGUCUGCUGAUUCUGGAACACUCCCGCUGGUCAAUGAUCCAGAAGUACCAGGCUGUGGUGGAGGGGCUGACUGUGGACGAGCUGAUGGAGUUUGUGAACAGUUUUAAACGGGAGCUGUACGCUGAGGGUCUGGUUCAGGGAAACUUCACCAGUGUGGAGUCUGCAGAGUUCCUGAAAUAUAUUACAGAAAAGCUGCAGUUCCAGAAGCUGCCAGUAGAGGUACCUGUUCUGUUUAGAGUGGUGGAGCUGCCACAGAAGCAUCAUCUGUGUAAAGUCAAAUCCCUCAAUAAAGGAGAUGCUAACUCUGAGGUCACAGUUUACUAUCAGUCUGGACCGAAGAACCUCCGUGAACACACACUAAUGGAGCUGCUGGUGAUGCACAUGGAGGAGCCGUGCUUUGACUUCCUAAGGACCAAAGAAACAUUAGGGUAUCACGUGUACCCCACCUGCAGAAACACCUCAGGAAUUCUGGGGUUCUCUGUUACAGUGGAGACGCAGGCCACCAAGUUCAAUACAGAGCUGGUGGAAAUGAAGAUCGAGGAGUUCCUGCAGAGUUUCGGGGAGAAGCUGUCCAGUCUGAGUGACGAGGCGUUCAAAAGUCAGGUGACUGCUCUGGUGAAGCUGAAGGGCUGUGAGGAUACACAUCUCGGAGAGGAGGUCGACCGGAACUGGACCGAAGUUCUGACCCAGCAGUACGUCUUCAACCGACUCAACCGGGAGAUUGAUGCUCUGAAGCUGAUGACCAAAGCUGAGCUGGUGAACUGGUUUAUGGAGCACAGAGGAGAAACGAGCAGGAAGCUCAGCAUACACGUGGUGGGUUUUGGCGUGGAGGAGAAUGACCCCCCUGCAGCUGAGGGAGAAGAAGGUGGGGCCAGUAAUGUCUCUCUGUACGGAGAAGUGUCCAAACUCACCUUCCUCCCUCCAUCAGACACACUGAGCACAGCCACGCCCAUCACGGACAUCAUUGCUUUUACCUCUUCUCUCAGCCUCUACCCCUACCACAAGAUCCUCAAAUAAACAGCGCAGCGCUCACAGACUGCCAGCGGGCGGCGCCAGCACAGCAUUUAACAACAAAUAAACAAUUAACAUUUCACACACUUCUACUGUGAACUCUUGAGCAGGUUACUGUUGAGUGAGGUGUGUGUGUGUGUGUGUGUGUAAGGGGAAUUCAUUGCUUUAUUUCUUUGCAUUUAUUGCAUUUAUUUGGACUUUUAGCAAACAGAAGAAACACCACUCUGUUAUCAAAGCAAUAAAAUCUGCUUCCCACCAGUUUGCACAGAGAAUUUUGAAGCUAUAUUAGAACUUACUAGCGUGUUUAUCUCUGUUCCUGUAAUCAACCCUAUUACUGAUCAUUACCACAUGAUCUGGGGAGAUCAGGAUAAACUUGAACUCUAUUUAGCUUUUCUUCUCUGAAUUUUGCAUUUCACUUUAAAUGAAUUAACAGCUAAAUUAACCACCAAUGCUCGUAGCUCCAGUGCUUACUGGUGGGGUGUAAGUUUUCUUACACACUUGCAUGAUGGGAGGGGUGAUUUAGGUGAGAGUGAGUGUGUGUGUGCUGUGAGAAAAUGUAUAAUGACACCAUUAUUGUUGUGAUUUAUUAUGCUGAUGAACAUGAUGAUGUCACUGUGCUUUUAGCACUGAGAAAUUUCCUUCUGUGAAUAAACUGAUAUUAAACCCA